AUGACCUUGAAGGUUAUGGUCAAGAUCACAUUCGAACAUUAUAAUGAUGACAAUGUUGAUGAUGAUCACAGUGGUAAUGAUGAUAAUAUUGAUAAUGAUGAAGAUGUCGAUAAUGGUGACAACGCAGAUGAUAAUGGUGAUUUCGACGACGACGACGACGACGACGUUAUUGAAGGUGCUGGUGUUGAUGGUUGUGUUAAUGAUGAUGAGGAUGAGGAUCAUGAGGAUUCUGAUGAAGUUAAUGAUGAUGGUGAUGAAGACGAUGACGGUAAAGAAGACGAUGACGGUGAUGAUGAUGAUAAUGAUACUGGUAAUAGGGAUGGUGAUGAUGAUGACGAUAUUUCGCAGGGGAGUUGA